UGAAUAAAAUUGUCUUAUUCAAUCUGAACUGCAAAAAAAAAUAUUGAGUUAUUAAAAGAAAUAUUAUCAAUUUGGUCAUCAUACUCUGAUAUUGAUAUAACUUUUAACUACUCCUUUUGUAUAAAAGUAAUAAAAUUUGUGAUGAAAAUGAGUAUCAUUAUUCCCAUUACACCAAUAGAAGCACAACCUCCCAUAAAUGUUUUAUAAUAUGAUUGCUUAUUAAUUCUCAAAAAGACCAUUUAUCCAAAAAUAUCCAUUUUAGCAAUACCUUAAAUAAUCUAUUAUAGAGAACCUGCUAAUACUGAAACCAUAGACUAAUUAAUUUUGUUAAUAUUUAUAAUACUUAUAGCCCUCAUUGACGUAAGCAAAUGAUUUGUUUAUUCUAAAGAUUAGAUAAGUAUAUUUGCAAUAAAAUUAGAUUUCUAUUAAAACCUGCUUCAAACAGUUAAUUAUUGCACAGAAACAGAAUAUUUAAGAGUAAGUAAUUUAACAUAAUAUGAAAAUAAAUUGUUUUAUUCGCUUUAUUUGAAAGAAACUAUUAUAAAAAGUUAGAAAUCAAACAGCAUAAUGUAUUUAUUUUAGAUUUUUUUGUUGUGCAUGUGCCAAUCUUAGAAUUGGAGUUUUAAUGAACUUAUAUGUAUAGAUGAUUAUCAAAAAUUAUAAACAUAAGUAUUAGUAUUAUAUAUAUUCGUAAGAAAAUAUUCUGGAAUAAAUUAGCACAUCUAACGUACAUUAAUUAAACUAUUUUUAUAGGAAUGAGUUAUUCAACUAAAGAUGGAUUAGGACAAAGCUAGACUGUCAUUGUAUUGCUGUUUUAGUUAUGAAAAUAAAAAAUAAACUUAAUUUAAUUUAGUAGGAUUAUCUUCGAUCAUUCAAAACUGUUAGUUAUAAAUCAGUACCGGGAGUUUUGUAAUAACUAAAAUAUGGAGUCAUUGAUUAGUAUCGAUAGUAUCGAUAUAGUUUGAU